ACAAAUUUACAAGAUAAUUUACGACACAAUUCCAUAAGAAUUCCGCUAAGAAAAACAAAUUACAAGCAUCAAGAAACAUCCUCAUAACACAAACGAAACCGAGAGGCAUCAUGCUUUCUGUCGAAGCUCAAAAACAAGAAACUCCACCACCUCCACCCCUUGUUUCUUCUUCGUCUUCUUCUUCAUCACCAGCUUCUACUUCUAAUAACACUAAUACAAAUAACAUUCAUAAAGUCGAUGAUGGCUCCAAUAGACAUGUUAUUUUCAGAUCAAAACUACCAGACUUACCCAACAUCGCAAACCAUAUACCUCUUCACACCUACUGUUUCGAGAAUCUUUCCCGAUUCUCUGACAAACCAUGUCUCGUUGUUGGUUCCACCGGAACCACCUACACUUUUUCCCAGACACACAUUCUCUCUCGCAAAAUAGCCGUUGGAUUAUCCGCUCUUGGUAUCUCCAAGGGUGAUGUGAUUAUGCUCCUGCUCCAGAAUUGCGCUGAAUUUGCGCUAACUUUCAUGGCCGCAUCCAUGAUUGGCGCGGUAACCACCGCCGCAAAUCCCUUCUACACUGCUGGUGAAAUCUUCAAGCAGUUCAAUUCCUCCAAUUCCAAGAUGAUAAUCACUCAGGCGCAGUACGUCGACAAGCUUCGUGAUCAUGGGGAACACAACCCAAAAAUGGGCCAAGAUUUCCCGGUUAUCACCGUCGAUGACCCACCAGAGAAGUGCCUACAUUUCUCAAUGCUUUCUCGAACAAAUGAAAACAAUAUUCCUUCUGUCACCAUUGAUCCGGACGAUGCCGUGGCAUUACCGUUUUCGUCGGGAACGACAGGACUGCCAAAAGGUGUCAUCUUGACGCAUAAGAGCCUGAUCACGAGCGUUGCACAACAAGUCGACGGAGAAAACCCAAACCUUUAUCUAAAACAGGAGGACGUGGUUUUAUGUGUACUUCCGUUGUUUCACAUAUAUUCACUAAACUCAGUGUUAUUGUGUUCUCUGAGAGCAGGGGCCUCUGUGGUGCUGAUGCCUAAGUUUGAGAUAAGAUCGCUACUUGAGUUGAUACAAAGGUAUAGGGUGACGGUAGCAGCUGUCGUACCGCCGCUGGUGCUUGCUUUGGCUAAGAAUCCGAUGGUCGGGAGCUACGACUUGAGUUCGAUAAGGGUGGUAUUGUCAGGGGCGGCGCCGCUGGGGAAGGAGCUCGAAGAUGGUCUUAGAAGUAGAGUCCCACAGGCAAUUUUCGGUCAGGGCUAUGGGAUGACAGAAGCAGGACCUGUAUUGUCAAUGAGUGCCGCAUUUGCUAAACAACCAUUGCCCACCAAGUCGGGUUCUUGUGGUAGUGUUGUCAGGAAUGCCGAGCUUAAGGUCAUAGACCCUGACACCUAUUCAUCACUUGGAUAUAAUCAACCUGGUGAGAUAUGUAUCCGUGGUCCUCAGAUUAUGAAAGGAUACCUGAAUGAUGCCAAGUCUACAGCUGCAACCAUAGAUGAAGAAGGUUGGCUUCACACAGGUGAUAUUGGGUAUGUAGACCAUGAUGAGGAGGUUUUUAUUGUGGAUCGAGUCAAGGAACUUAUCAAAUUCAAAGGCUUCCAGGUUCCUCCGGCAGAGUUGGAAGGCCUUCUUGUGAGUCAUCCUUGUAUUGCAGAUGCUGCUGUUGUCUCGCAAAAAGAUGAUGCUGCAGGGGAGGUGCCCGUUGCUUUCGUUGUUUUAUUGAAUGGGAUGGAGCUCACUCAAGAAGCUGUAAAAGAUUACAUUGCCAAGCAGGUGGUAUUUUACAAGAAACUGCACAAGGUCUACUUUGUGACCUCCAUUCCUAAAUCUCCAUCAGGAAAGAUACUAAGAAAAGAUCUGAGAGCCAAACUCUCAUCCACAUGAUCACCUUGUCAUGUAUUUUUCAUAAUACUUAAUAACGUCCAUGUAUACGUAUAGUUAGUGCUUUCCACUUUUCAUUCCAUAAGGUCAUCUAUUUUCCUAAAAUAUAUAGAAUUGUGUAAUAUGGGUCAUCACAUAUAUCCGACCAACAUACAUGUCAUGCC